CGCGGCGCCGGAAGUGGGCCGCACAGAGCGUGAAGUCGGCAUCCGGCCUCCUGCAUCGGAAGUGAGCGGUGUGCGCCGGAAGCAGCUUCCGCGGCAACCUCGUGGAGAAGCAGGCGGCAUGGGGCAGUCGGGGCGGUCCCGGCACCAGAAGCGCGCUCGCGCCCAGGCCCAGCUGCGCAACCUCGAGGCCUACGCCGCCCAGCCGCACUCGUUCGUGUUCACGCGGGGCCGGGCGGGUCGCAGCGUCCAGCAGCUCAGCCUGGAUGUGCGGCGGGUCAUGGAGCCGCUCACCGCCACCCGCCUGCAGGUUCGAAAGAAGAACUCACUGAAAGACUGUGUGGCAGUGGCUGGCCCCCUCGGGGUCACACACUUCCUUAUCUUGAGCAAAACAGACAGCAGCAUAUACUUGAAGCUGAUGCGCCUCCCAGGAGGUCCCACUUUGACCUUCCAGAUCAACAAGUACACACUAGUACGGGAUGUCGUCUCUUCCCUGCGCCGACACCGGAUGCAUGAGCAGCAGUUUAACCACCCACCUCUCCUGGUGCUCAACAGCUUUGGCCCUCAGGGCAUGCACAUCAAGCUCAUGGCCACCAUGUUCCAGAACCUGUUCCCAUCCAUCAACGUGCACACGGUGAACCUAAACACCAUUAAGCGCUGCCUCCUCCUUAACUACAACCCGGACUCCCAAGAGCUGGACUUCAGACACUACAGCAUCAAAGUGGUGCCCGUGGGUGCAAGCCGGGGCAUGAAGAAGCUCCUGCAGGAGAAGUUUCCUAACAUGAGCCGACUGCAGGAUAUCAGUGAGCUGCUGGCCACGGGUGCGGGACUGUCGGAGAGUGAGCUGGAGCCAGAUGGAGAGCACAAUAUCACAGAACUGCCCCAGGCUGUGGCCGGCCGUGGCAACAUGCAGGCCCAGCAGAGUGCCAUCCGACUGACAGAGAUUGGGCCCCGGAUGACACUGCAGCUCAUUAAGAUCCAGGAGGGGGUUGGGAACGGCAACGUCCUCUUCCACAGUUUCGUGCACAAGACUGAGGAGGAGCUGCAGGCCAUCUUGGCAGCAAAGGAGGAGAAGCUGCGGCUCAAGGCACGACGUCAGAACCAGCAGGCUAAGGACUUGGAGCGAAAGCGGGAACUGCGAGAGGCUCACAAGAAGAAGAGCCUAGCAGGCAUGAAGCGAGCCCGUGCAGGGGCCGAUGGUGAUAGCGAUGCUGAGGACCCUGGACCAGCUCCAGAGGCAGUCGGGGCAAGCCAGCUUGAGGAGGAGGAGGAGGAUGACGCUGAGUAUUUUCGCCAAGCUGUGGGCAAGGAGCCUGACGAGGACAUGUUUCCCGGAGUGGCCAAGCGGAGGCGGCAGGGAGUGCCUCCAGGCAAGAAGCGGGGUGGAAAGGCUCAGAGGCCUGGCUCAGGCCGAGGUCAGGGCAGCAACUGGCGGCCUCCAAAGCCCAAGGGUAGAUCCCAAGGAAUCAAGACCAAGCUGGGACCCAGAGCCACCCGCCAGGACCUGGGUCGGCCACCAAGGAGAGGAACCUGAACGUGGUUAGCAGUGCAUGGACCACAGAUGCCCCAGAUUGGGGCCCGGGCGCUGCCCUGGGUUCCAGUGCAGCCCGGUUUCCUUUCAUAAAGGAACUACCCAGUUCUUACCUCCAAUAAACCUGAAUGUGGCACUCUGA